AUGGAAUGUCUUAUUUGUAUUCCAAGCAGAAAGGUUCUGUAUGGAUCUAAUCAAGAUUAAAUUAGAAUGAAAGGUAAAGUAUUGUUAGAUUAUUAUUUAAGAAAGUCUCUCUAUCAUAAAGGAUCACUUCUUCCCUUUAUAAUAAAUAUGCUGAAUCUCAAAACUAUUAUUACACUAAAGUAGUUAAUGAUUUGAUACUCAAUUAACCAACUAAGGCUACAAUUUAGUUUAAAGUAUUAUAAUAUUUCCUAUUUUUAUAAGGAUUUGUAAUAAUAUGAUGAAGAAGUUGAACAUUGUAAGAAACUCUACACGGUAUCAUCAUAUCCAAAGAAAAUUAAGAUUUUAGUUGAAUUCUAUAGAGUAUUCAUAAUUCAUUACAUUUGCAGUUCCAUAAGGAUAUUCCAAGGUGGGCCGUUAAUGAAUAAAUUGUUAGCAUUUUAAAUGAAUUUUACAAUCAAAGAAGAAAAUUAGAUUAUUAUAAAAUACAACAUAUAAUUGAAUAAGAAAACCAAUAAAAUCCAAAUAGAACUCCAAAAGGUAUUGUAGGAGAGUAACCUUAAGAAUCCUAAAGUACUCCAAAAUCAUCUUAAGAAUCAGGAUUAGUUGUUGGUAAUGUUUUAGAUGAAUUGAAUACUGAAUUAAAAUAAAGGACACAAACUUAAUAAAGUGAAAUAAAUGAAAUUAUUUAAGCUUUAAAUGCUAAUCCAAUAAAAAAACAACCAAAUUUACAAUAAUUAAUAAAUAAUUAACAAUACAUUCUUAAUGAAUAAAGAUUAUAAUAAUUCAUAACUUAAGAGAAACUAAAAAAUAUUAAUCUACUUAUAAAUUAAUAAAAAGCCACCAGUUAAACAUCAAGAUAAUCCAAAUUUUAAUAAUUAUAAUAAAACAAAAGUGAUCUUAAAUAAAAUUGUUAAACUUCUAGAAAUAGGGGUAAUUCACCCAAAAUUAAUCAUACUCAGAUAUUAAUCUUAUGUAAAAUUAAUUAUUAUUACAGUACGAUAAAGAGUUAAAGUAAAACUAGAAUUAAGAAAUUAAAUAAAAACAAAGGCAAUUACUGGUAAUACAUCUUUAAGGAGUCUCUAAAAAAAUAUUGAUUCACCAAAAACAACAAGAAAUAUUUAAUACUAAAAAUAAAGAUUUAAUUAAAAGAAGGAAUUUAAAGCAAAUACUUUUCAUGUAAAUCAAUCUAACAAGUAUAUUAUCUCAUAAUAAUUAGAAACUUGAUUGUAAGUUUAUUGGCAAAUAAAAAUACAACUGUACAUGUUGAUGCAAAUUAAAAAAAUCUCCUUUUGGCUAAAUUGAAUACCCUAAACACACCUAGAUAGAUUUUAAAUUGA